CAUAAAUCUGCGAGGUUCUCUCUAAGUAGCAAUGCCUUCUUUUAGCAAAUUUUUAUGUGAUUCAGAUGUGAAGAAACAACUGGCAAUUAAAAGCAACUUUGUUCAGCAUCCUUCGGCGUCCAGAAGAGGGGCUACUGUAUAUUUUCCGGUCGUGGACGUGACUUCGGAAACAUCUUGGGAGUUUGGGUAUUAUGUUCGGAGGAAUGGGCACCAAAAACCAGUUUUUCAAGGGGAGUGGCAAGAUUAUCGACGCGUCAAAGGCCUCAAAGUGGAUGAUAAAAUUACCUUCUGGGCAGACCACGGCCACUACAGAAUCAAAGCACAAAGGAAAAUCAAACUGUUUGGUCAAGAGAUGUAUGGAGUACUGCCAUGAACAAGAAAGCAGCUGGUUGAUGUCUUAUUUUGUGAAUUGUAAUCGAUCGUGUCGACUCUAGUUAGGGUACUUUGUUUUCGAAGAAAUAACAGGUUGAUGUUGCUUCAUGCAGCCUCUUGUUUUGUCGUGCAGUGUCUGCUUUUGUUGUGGUUUUUCAAUUUUUUUUUGAACGGUACUUGAAAGUGGUUUUUCAAUGUUGAACUCCUGAUGUUUGUUGGUUUUAAUAUAAUUGCAUAUAUCUA